AUGGACGUGGGACUUGCGGCCACGUAUGGGGCGAUCAACAGCUCUCCGACGAUCUCCACGCUGACGCUCCUGUCUGGAAAGCAUGAGAUGCUCGAAGCAGAGCUGCGGAAGGCCGUGGAUGCGCUGGUGGACAUGAACCCGGUGCUGUCUGGCCGCGUAUGGCAGAAAGACGGUCGCAUCCUGCUGGAGACCAAGGCGCAUGAAGAGUUCCUCCGCGUGUACCCCGCGCCCUCAGAAGCUGCGCAAGCUGCGCCGGCUUCACUCGAGGAGUUGGACUUGAAGUCGAAGAUCCGGUUCCUUGAGGCGGUGGAGGUCUCACUUUGUUCGCCCAUGGACGGGCGCUUCACGCUGGGACACGGCAGCCAGGUCUUCCUGGUGGAGUUGAUGAAGUUGAAGGAAGACAUGUGGGUCAUAGGCAUUCACCUGUCGCACAUUGUGGGGGACAUCCAGACGUUCUACGAUUUGGUGGAGCAGCUGAAUGCACUGCUGAAAGGUGAGAAGCCCGAGCCGCUUGUUUGGGACAGCGACUGGAGGCUCAAAGUCGAUCUUUUCCCCGACUCGCUCAGCGAGAGAGAUCGCCGAAACCUGCGCUGGGGUAUCUUGGGAUGGCUCUGUCAGAAGCUCUGCGGCCCAAGGCGCCUGUGCCAUGUCUCCGUACUCUCCAAGCCGCAACUCGAGGAGAAGAAGAAGGAGCUGGGUGAGCGUCUCUCCAGCAACGACCUGGUCUGUGCGGCCCUUUCCCGGGCCAUUCGAGGUUCCGACAUUAUGAAUCUGGCCGUGAACCUGCGGAAGCGAGCGGGGCAAGCACAAGGGCAAAGAGUCGCCGGGAACUUCUGGCAGACGGUGGCCCUGGACCACGAUGCCGCCAAGGACCCCCAGACGAUCCGGCAGCACCUCCCCAAGCUUCAGUUCUUCAAGACCGACGAGAUGCCUUUUUGGCCCUAUGCCCUUGGGCGCUACAGCUUCGUCACCAACUGGACGGCUUGCACGCGCCAUCUCUCGAUUCCGGGAUUGACCGUGCAAUGCCAUCUCCCCCAUUCGAACUUCCUCAAGGGUACCCCGACGAACGUGGCGGUCAUUUUCCACGUCGACGCCGAGACUCUGGGGCUCAGCCACAAUGUCCCUCCAGCGAGCCUGGACACCACGGGGUUGCUGGGUGCGUUGACGCUCUGA